AUACAUAGGUGUUUACUCAGCAGUUUAUUGUUUUCCAUCUUGUUCCAUCAUUGUGACUAAGCAUGCACUUUGUUACUCAAAUAUUACAGAGAAAUCAUUUGGAUUUACGGCUUGUUCGGAACCAGUGGCUUUUAAUAGAUCCCAAAAUACAUUUUCUCAUGUCAGAGGCAAAUGAAGACAAAACAUUUGGAGACUUUAGAGAAAUGGGGUCAAGGCUUGCUCAUGAAGUGAUCACCUUCCUUAAAAAGAAGAUGGAUAAAGUUUCAAGAAAUGCCAUCUUAACUGAUAUCAAGCUUAGCUUUGUUGGUCAUUCUAUUGGAAACCUCAUUAUCCGAACUGCCCUCGCUGAAAGCAUCAUGGAGCCAUAUCUGAUGUACUUACAUACAUAUGUCUCCAUAUCUGGUCCACACUUGGGUUAUAUGUAUAGUUCAAACUCUUUAUUCAAUUCAGGACUAUGGCUAUUGAAGAAGCUGAAGGGUACACAAUGCAUUCAUCAACUAACUUUUACAGAUGACCCUGAUCUUGAGAAUACUUUCAUAUACAAUCUUUCCAAGGAGAAGACACUGGAAAACUUCCAGAAUGUAAUUCUUUUCUCCUCUCCUCAGGAUGGUUAUGUUCCGUAUCAUUCUGCCAGAAUUGAACCGAGUUCAGCGGCUUCCUAA